AAUUUCUUUCAAAUCCAUGCCCAAAAUGCAUAGAAAAUUAGCUGGGUGCCCUCUUCCCCACCGCCCUCGUCAUUCUUACAUUUCGACGAAGUUUCCUUUUUCUCGAGCCUUUAUGUACACAUAUUACAUAUAAAUAAACGCGUGUGUGAGUACCUGAAGGUGUGAGAUGUUGGAGAAUUCGGAGUGAGAAAUUGAGAGAAUUUUGGGGAUUAAAAGUGUGAAUUUCUUGAGAAAUGGAUUCUGAUUUGUGGGCUCGCCUUUCUAAUUCUUCUUCUUACAGGCGUUAUCAAUCUCGAUCAGACUCAUAUCGCGGAGAGGAGUACGAAGGGGAAGAAGAGCUGAGGCCAGAGUUUCUCUGUCCAUUUUGCACUGAUGAAUUUGAUAUUGUUGGUCUCUGUUGUCAUAUUGAUGACGAGCAUGCCAUCGAAGCCAAAAAUGGGGUCUGCCCUGUUUGUGCAAAAAGGGUGGGGACAGGUUUGGUUAGCCACAUAACUGGGCAGCAUGGGAGUCUUUUAAAAGUGCAGCGAAGGAGGAGAAUUCGAAGGGGAGGAUCUAAUUCUGCACUUUCUAUAUUAAGAAAAGAGUUACGAGAAGGAAAUCUGCAAACCCUCUUCAGGGGAUCUUCGUAUUUGUCAUCAAAUGCAGAACCCGAUUCACUGUUAUCGUCCUUCAUAUACAGUCCACCCGUGGUUGAUGAACCUCCUGAAGUUCAACCUCUUUCUUCAACUAGGGCUUUCUCAAUACCAAAAUCCACUGGUGAAGAUUUGGUGGAAAGUAACAGAAAUGUUCAACAUUUAGCACUGUCUGACAAGGACCAAGAGGAGAAGGCUCAAAAAUGUGAAUUUGUGCAAGGACUCCUGCUUUCUACUUUUCUUGACAACUUAUAAGCUGAAAAGUGCAUCCUAUUAAUGCUAGUUUACAUUCUAGUCAUGGAAGCCUACAGCGGAAGAAAGAGCAAGAGAAUAAAGCUGAGCUUUUCGUGUUGUAUUUCUGCCAAAAGUGACUCUUGAAGUUCCUAUUGUAUGUAAAACUUAAUGUUCAUAAUGAUAUAUUUUAUAAAAUGCAAUCUAGUUGAUGCCAUUGGCUGCAUAUUCAUUUCA